UCGCGGCGUGACACCGACGGUCAAGAUGAACGGCUGGUUCUCCCCUAACUUCGGAUCCUCGCCGUCGUCGCCCGGGCUAGCGAGACUCGCAUCGUCCAACAGCGACGGCGAAUUCUUACUGGCGGAUUUAAUCGCCGAGCGCAAGAAACUCACCCCGUUCAAGCUCGUUCUGCCGCACUGCUCGCGUCUCCUGGAGGAAGAAAUCGCGCGGCUGACGUCGCUCAACUGCUCGUCGUCCUGCACGGACAACGACAGCCUAUCCAACGCCGAGCAGCUGUUACCCGACCAGCUCACUUCGCCAAAGUCACAGCACAACCUUUCGCCUGGCCCCUCGCCUUUCGAUGGGGGCACGUGGUCGCCACUCCCUAACGAGAUUGAGCCAUCGUUUUCCCCGCUGGUGAUGCAUCCGCCGCCUCCGCCGCCUCCGCCAAUCAGUCAGCCACUUCCGCCACUCCCCGGCUGGGCCCCUCCGCCAGCACCCGGCGGAGGCGCAGGGGGAAUGGGGGGAGGAAUGGGGGGCGGAAUGGGAGCGGGAGGCGCAGGGAGAACAGGGGGCGGAAUGGGUGGCGGAAUGGGCGCGGGAGGCGGAGGGGGCAUUGGGGGCGGAAUGGGGGGCGGAAUGGGGGGCGGAAUGGGCGGCGGAAUGGGCGGCGGAAUGGGCGGCGGCGGGAUGGGCGCGCCGAUAGUGAAGAAGAUGCAGCGGGUGAACGUCCCCGUGGAGCGCUUCCCCGCGUACAACUUCGUGGGGCGCCUGCUGGGCCCGCGGGGGAACUCCCUCAAGCGCGUGGAGGCGCAAACCGGCUGCCGAGUGCUGAUCCGCGGACGCGGAUCUAUCAAAGACCCGUGCAGGGAAGAGCGUCUACGUGGCAAGCCGGGCUACGAGCACCUCUUCGACCCGCUCCACGUCAUCAUCGUCGCGGAAUUGCCGGCGGAUAUCGUGGACUCGCAGCUGGGCGAGGCGUGCGAGAUCGUGCACGAGCUGCUCAAACCAGUGGACGACUCGUACGACUUGUUGAAGCGCGCUCAGCUUCGCGAACUCGCCGUGCUGAAUGGGAUGCCUGAACACAGCACAGGCGGCUGGCGAACCGGACCUGGUUACCCGCCUCGUUCAUCUCCGUUUGCAGACACCGCUUCUUCAGGUUUUAAAGGAAUCUGCCAUUAGUGAGGUGACACAAAAUUUAGGACAACCACGCUGAAGUCAUGGAUGCCAUGACACAUCGUGUUGUAUUUAUUCAACCAUCCAUCUCCAGCAUAGAGACUGUUCGAAGUUAGUAUAAUAAGCGCUAUUAGCUAGCCUCUGAUUGCUAUGCUUUGAA